AUGUCCAGCCCAAUACCGAUGAGAGGUCCCAGCGACGGUCCUCGCCCAGACAUCGGCGGCACCCUUCUUGUUAUACAUGACUUCCAUGCCCGGAGCUCCGAUGAACUUAGCCUCGGCAAAGGCGACAGAGUCGAGCUAAUUGAGCGCGACGACGAAUUUGGCGAUGGCUGGUUUCUUGGCCGCCACCUCCUCAAUGGCAAUACAGGACUAUUCCCUGAAGUAUACACACGACCAGCUCCAAGGAAUGUACCCGAAUAUUCAACCACUGCACCCGCCCCCGAAGAGACGACACAGCCCACUGCCGUAGCAAGGGUUCCAACUCCGCCGCUCGCCACAAGUCAUGCCAACGAUACUCCUGAGCCUUCAACUACCGAAGCAACCGACGCCUCCUCCAUUUCGCCCUCGAUUCCUCCCUUGUCCGAGUCUUCACUCACACGGGGUGCACCUAGCCCGACCGGUGACGCUUCACCUGUGGUGCCUCCACCAACCUUGCCUCUUCAACCAGCGUCUGGUCACGAGAGCCGCGUCCUCAGCGACACCCUUAAUGUCAUUGACGAACACAUUACGCGCCUGCGAUCUCCUGUCAGCACCGGUACCAACCUACGAAACCAUGGAACUGACUCAGGGUCCGAAUACAGUGCUCCACUUGACCAUCGCAUGUCCUACAUUCGGGGCGAGGAAACGGACGAGGAGGAGGAGGUCUCCCACACGAGACAAGAGGUGCAAGCCUGGUCUGCUGAUCAGGUUGCUGAGUAUCUAUUCGAAGCCGGCGUCGAGAAGCAACACUGCGAAGUCUUCCGGGACCAAGAAAUUACCGGCGAGGUCAUAUUAGGCAUGGAUCAGAGCUCACUCUUCAUCAAGGCAUUCGAUCUCGGCUCGGUUGGUCGCAGACUCAAGACUUGGCACAAGAUCAAGGCCCUCCAAGAUGAAGUAGCCAACAAUGACAACACUGUCAAGCGCGGCACGCGAUAUGGUAGCGAGGCCGGCUCGGAAGGAGCAAGAAGCCGCAAAAGCCGUUCCAACACGGCCACGACAACAGGCUCCAACAGACCCUCAUCCAUCUCCACUAAACACCUGUCCCAGGCCCCCAAGAUUUCUCCUGCGACCCAACUGACGCCCUCAUCGCCGCAAAGGAUGGCUGAUUUCCGACCAGGCCACGCAAAGCGACCGUCCGCCGCUUCCAUUCGAGAGUUGCACCACUCUAGACGUCACUCUUCCACUACCGACUUUUGUAUUGCGUCCCCCGUGGUGCCCUCGCCAUCUCUGCAACCUCUGUCUCCUAUAGAAAGCCACAGAAAGCAGCCAUCAUUUGAUCGCAAUUGGACGCUUGGCAACGCUUUUGCGCAACCUGCAGCUCGCCCGCAGUCAUCUGCUGGCCUCCCGGAUAUGAUCCCGCUCGAAAGGGGUCAAGAUUCAGCUGUCGAUCUCGAUAGAGGAUAUUUUUCCGGCACUGACGCCGAGGCUAGGCGACGAAACGUGCUUAAGAAGCGCGAGAGCAUCGCCCACUCUCGGCAGUCCAGCUACGCCGAAGAACAGAGAGUUCGUAGCGCUACUGCGCUCUCUCGACACUCUCGCUUUGGCAGCGUCGAAUCGUACCGUGAAGGGCCGUCUACUGCUGCCCAAAAAUACUAUGGGAUUCAACCGGCUUCCCAUGGCAGAAGUGCGUCGACAAACACCACCGAAUCCAUACGUCCUCUACCCCCGCUGAAAGACAACGUUCCGCCUACCGUCACGAAACUGGAUCCGAAGCGUGGGCAGCCUGCGCCGAAGCAUCAGGGGUUCAACUCGGACUGGCUAUCGAAUGUCGUGAGCCGUCCAGGCCAAAAGUCAAGUCGCAGUGGCAUGCGCGCCAUUUCCGAAAAGCUCUCCUUGGAUCGCCGUGGAUCGCCAUCCGAUUCCUCCACUAAGGAUAGCGUAUCAUUUUCACCGGCCACUGGGCAGAGCACCCCUUCUGUAGCGCCAAGCCUAGACCAAGACUCGCCUGAUGCCUCUAGCCUGCACAACAACAGCGCAGCCACUGCGCCGAUCAAAGGUAAGAAGAAGGGCAAAAAGGGAACGAGUGCGUAUACCCGUGGGCUGUUAAAGAUUAGCCCCGCACAGGCCAAGGAAGGUGCAGAGUACUUUGGAUGGAUGAAGAAGAAGAGCUCGCAUCUGAUGACCACCUGGAAGCCACGAUUUUUCGUCUUGAAGGGUCGCCGCCUGUCAUACUACUACUCGGAAGACGACACAGAAGAAAAGGGUCUCAUCGAUAUUUCUUUCCACCGUGUGCUGCCCGCCGAUAACGAUCGACUCACCGGACUCCACGCCACCAUUACCAACGCCGUCGGUGGUCCGUCGUCGCUGCCCAACUCGUCCCUGUCCCCAGACUUGGAAAAGUCCAACGAGCCUGUUUUUAUCUUCAAGCUGAUGCCUCCGCGCGCGGGUCUCUCGCGGGCCGUCACCUUUACCAAGCCCAUGGUGCACUACUUUGCGGUGCCCAACGUCAAGCAAGGCCGGCUGUGGAUGGCCGCCAUGAUGAAGGCCACGAUUGACCGCGACGACGCGGCACCCGUUACCACGACGUACCAGCAAAAGACCAUUUCGCUCACCAAGGCCAAGCAAAUGCGCCAUCGGCCACCCGCUCUAAUGAACCUCGAUGAGAUGGCCGACGAGGGAAAGAGGGCCGAGGGUGGCAGCAGCACCACCGCUGGCACCCACAACAGCCUCGGCAUCUUUGCGGAAACGGACAGUGGCGUCUCGGGCCUGGAUAAGGCCAGGUCCAACGGCGUCUUGUCCGCGGCCGACAAGGACGGGAGUGCUGGUGCUGUCCCGCAGAGCGCAUAG